CUUGACACUUGUUUUGUGUUGUAAUUUUUUUCUUUUCCAUUCUGUAUUUUUUUGUUUUUUGAGGUGCGUUAAGAAUUGGUGGCGCGUGAAUUGUCAAGGCCACGCGUCAGUCCCGCCGGGAGGGGUUGAAGAGCGAGAUAAAAAAAAAAGCGUCGAGAGGAAUGAAAUGAAAAAAAAGUAAAAACAAGAACUAUUAACCCCUCGGUGUUUCACGCGGUACUGGGAGUUUUUGUGUUGUUGUGAAUACAGAGUGUGCGGCAAACUGAAAAUACUCGAGACCCUUUUGCUUUGACGUUUAGAAAAUACAAACAAGCGAGAGUUAACUGGAGGAACAAUCCCCGGAGAUUCUUCAUGGUGUUUUCCGAAUGAUAAACCGAGCGAGGCUGAGGGCGUCUCGCGCAACAACUCCGAUAACCAGCAGCUGAUUGGUGCGGUAACAGAGCCAUUGGUUAAAGUUGAUAGAGAGUCUCUGUGAUACCUAUGUUGUGCGGUGAACUUUUGAACGGUGGUUUUGUGAGUGCGGGUGCGGUACCCGCGGUACCCUGUGGUCUCCUUGGCCUCUGGAUACCUGGUUGUGUACGUGCAACAAGCCCCCGUUUAAUUACAUCCCCCUAUUUACCCCUGCUAGCUGAACUACUCGCCGCUGGCUACCUGGAGCAACGGCAUCUCCACUCCGAGUCCAACACCGAGGACAUGGACCUCGUAACGCGCAAUCAGCACUCAAAUACCAAUGGGCAAUCGGACCUCGAUCUUGACCUCGACAACGACGAGAGCGCCUUCCUCGAGAACGGGCUCUUGUCCUUCGAAAAUCCCAAUUAUCAUCUGGAGUCAGCGAGAUUCGAUGACGCCCUCAAUAGCAAUGGCACCGGGAAUUCACUGUUCGAGGAAUUCUAUCAGGAAUUGGUGGUAGGUGGUGGUAGAAGUGGUGAAGUUACAGGUGGAAGUGGUGGACGACAUGCUCGCAGAACCUACGCAGCACUUGACCUGGGUAGCAUGGGUGUUGAUGUAACACAAGGACCUCUGACACAGGAGCCAGUCGGUGCAGAGACACCAGACAAUACAGCCAAUCACAAUCUCGGGUAUGGCAGCGAGGGUGCGGAGAUAGCGGAGUCGACGCUGGUUGAUGACAAUCUGAAUGGGAAUUCAACUCCACCGUCAUCAGCACUGCCCAAGUCAUCCGCGACCCUCGAUGCCGCUAGUUCAGACCACAACGUCAGAAAUUAUUGCGAGAAAGCUGAUAACGAGCCAACGGAGAUGGGAGGUGUUCCCCACGUGGAGGACAGCCUGAAUGGUGACAUCUACGCAAUUCCCGUGAAGAGGCGACAGCCGAAAGAGACGAAGAAUGCCAGCCCCUCGGCGAAUACAACCGACAAAAUCAUCGACGCCAGGGACUCGGAGACGAAGGACGAGAAUCUGCCAGCAGGAUGGGAGAAACACGAGGACAAGGACGGCCCCUACUACUGGCACAUCAAGAGUGGAACCAUACAGAGAGAACCACCUGAAGUACCUCUCAAUGCCAAGAUCGAGAAUCGCAAGAGUUUUGUUAAGGACCAGGACAGUAUCACCAACUUUCACUCCCUCGGUAGCAUGGUAAAUACAGUAACCCGAAGUAACACAAGUUCAGCCUUAGACCAGGAAGUGGAGAACAAACGGAAAGAGGAAUUGGCAUUGAAGAGAAGGAGUUACCCAGCUAGGGCGGAUUCUGAGGGCCGUGACAAACCGAUUAGAUUUGCGGUGAGGUCCCUCGGAUGGACGGAAAUAGCUGAGGAAGAUUUGACACCGGAGAGAAGUAGCAAGGCUGUUAACAAGUGUAUCGUCGAUCUGUCACUGGGGAGAAACGAUCUCCUGGAUGUUGUGGGACGUUGGGGAGAUGGAAAGGAUUUAUUUAUGGAUCUCGAUGAGGGAGCACUGAAGCUGAUCGAUCCUGAAAAUCUUACAGUCCUCAACACUCAACCCAUUCACACUCUCAGGGUAUGGGGAGUUGGAAGAGAUCACGGACGUGAGAGGGAUUUUGCGUACGUCGCGAGAGACCGAUCGACCCGUAAAUUCAUGUGUCACGUAUUCAGAUGCGACAUCCCCGCCCGCACAAUCGCCAAUACCUUACGUGACAUCUGCAAGAAGAUAAUGAUCGAACGUUCCCUCCAUCAGAAUCUAGCGAAACCAGUGGAUAUCAAUGGGAGAACGAGUCUCGCAACGAGACCAACAAAUUUGCCAACGGAACACCGUCGGUUUCAUAGAAACGAUCAGCCUCUCGUCACACAAUCAUUCCCAACCCCAAUGGAGGAGCCAAAAAAAGUUCUCCGUGCUCAGUACCUCGGUUCAAUGCAAGUAACAGCAGCUUCAGGAAUGGAAGUUCUCAACGAUGCGAUAGACCACACAGUAACAAACACACCGAUCAAUCAGUGGCGAAACGUCAACGUUGCGGUUGCACCGAGCAUGAUCUCCAUACUGACACCAAACGACGACAAACUGAUAACUGAGUGUCGUGUUCGCUAUCUGUCGUUCCUUGGAAUUGGAAGAAAUGUCAAACAGUGUGCAUUCAUAAUGCACACAGCACAGGAUCUCUUCAUAGCACAUAUAUUCAAUUGUGAGCCGAGCAGUGGAGCACUUUGUAAAACUAUUGAGGCUGCCUGCAAGCUGAGGUAUCAGAAGUGCCUCGAUGCUCAUCCACAGGGUUUCAGGAAUUCGAGUAGUCUUAGUACACCGAGUGGACGGGGUAUUGGUGCUACGUUGAAAUCACUUGUUGGAUCACUCACAGGGAGGAGAAAUAAACAGGGUGAAUCCUGAGACGAGGCUCUCUCGCUGCAGUCAAUGGAUGCAGGAGCUGUGGUCACUGCCUGCGGAGCGAGAGGUGAUACGACACAGACAUCUCCAAUCCCCGUUGACACUUAAAUACUUCGGGGGUUCACCUCCAAGCGCCUCAUUGAGGUCCUUGCUAUCGCCCUCGUUGGACACGAGACGCAUUCAGCUUGCCCGAUGGGAGUCCAAUCCCUAGAGGAUUGCAAUCCUCCCAUUAGCGCACGCAGAAUGCCCCAAAGAUUACGAAUCGUUAUUAAAAUAUCAAGAUACCAGUGAUAACACUGUCGAGAGAUUGGGUGGCUUCACUAAACCCCAGACAAAAUUCAAGAUAAAUCCAGAAAACGAAAAAGAUAAAACCAAAAAAAUAAAAUAAAAUGGAAAAAAAACGUGACGCUUCAGGCGAUAAUUCGCAAUCGACGCAGCAAAUAAUAAAUAACAUAAAUUAAUGAGAAAUGUGUAAACGAUUCCAAUCGUUGGGAUCAUGCUUAUACGUAUUGUCGAUAUGAUGUUUCUAUGUAAUGUCUUCGAACUUUUCGUAUGGCGCCCAAUCAAGUGUUGCUUGUCCUAAAGAAUUAAUGAAAAAAAUAAAUAAUAAUGCGUCUCUUUCUCGACUCUGGUAAUAAAGGAAUUAGAUAGUUAACGUUGCUAAAUUUAUCAGAGUGAAUAUGUUUUGCUAAAAAUGAAAGAUAAAGAUGAAUAAUCUUGUACAUAGUUCAAUGAUUGUACUGAAUCCAGGGGUGUUUUUUUUCGGCGGGGGUUUAUGUGUGAGGGGUAAGAGAGAUGUAAUUGAUGAUAAUGUGGUUAUUACGCCGCGAGACUGUCGUACGGGGCAUUUCAAGGAGCUAUAGAGGAGCUUAUCGUAAUGUAAUACGUGUAUUCCCAAUUGUACAGACUCUAAGAGAAUGCUUUCAUGCAGAAUGGAGAAAGAAUGAUACAUUAAUCAGUGAUUUUGACACACACACAACAAAUUGCGAUACACACACGCUGCCAUUUCGACAUUUCACUAUUACCAGGUAAAAAACGGUUAAUGAUUAAUGUUAGAUGGAAUCACAUAAGUUGAUAGGGAACUUAUUUUUUAUGCCGAGAGUAAAGAAAAAUUAUAGGUGAGCUUGCGUAAGAAGUGAUAUGACAAAUAUUAGAGUGAAUUUUUUGGGGGUCAGAAGUAUUAUUGAUAUUCAAUUGAAUACCCAAGUCGAUGGAAAUUCAUAAAUAAUUCCCUUUUUUUAAUAAAAACUAAGUGUGUCCAAAUUUUGGGAUAGGGUGUUUAUAUUGAUUGAUUAUCAUCGCGUGAUGAAUUCAUUAACGUGGAAAUAAAUUGAUGGAACAUUUUUUCACCUGAAGAACGAGCAGAGCUGUUUCCUGGCGCAAUGUUCCUAAUAUCUCGAGAGGUAUUGAAAACAAUUGAAAUAAUUGAAACGAUUGAAAGUGAGAUUCUGGAGAAAGUGGUGUUAACGAAGAAGUAGAAAUCAACCGCGAGAUAAAAUAGUGGAGAACUGGGAAUUAUGAAUGAUUCGAUGUUACCAUAUUGCCGUGUCGAUAUAUCGAGUUGAAAAUGAUUUAUCAAACAAUUCAACCUUCACACAUCGGAGUGAAUGCAUAAGUGAUUGAAUCAUCGUUGUAAAUACAAACCUUUGACUUGAAAAAGUACUCGAUUCGAGGAAGAUAAUUAACGAGAUCGAUUGAGAUAUCUCCGACACUCGAUACUCACCCAUUAGUGCAAUCACGGAUAGAUGAUAUUACAUAACAAUACAUCGGAGGCUAAUUAUUUAUGUCAAACGACUGAACACAUGUCCACAGGUCUCGAAACCUACCAGUGAAUUUCUUUGGCAUGAAUAAAAUGUCUCAGUAGUUUCCCUCGUAUUCGCAUGUAAAAUCUCGAAUACGAAGGAAUCAACUCAAUACCAAAACUAAAUACGAAACGUGAUCACCACGUGUUGUGUAAUUAGACCUUAAUCACGGAAUCGCCACAGCAUUAUAUUAAAAAUUCACUCAUACUGCGUUUGACAGACAUAUUUGGGAGAUAAAAUCGGAGACAUGUGCGUCACUCGCUGGAUGAAAAAUUAUCGUAUCGCUUUACUUUCAUUCCAUACAUCAGCGUACAUACGAACAAUAAAUUGUCAAUACUCAAAAAAUGAUGAAAACAGUGGAGAUUAACCCGAUAAUCGUGUCCGAACAAUAAACAUACAGUUGAAAAAGCCGGAAGGGGGGAUCAACCGUUGGCAAGCUGAGGGAUAUUAACGUAUUAAUUAGGUGAAUAAUGAGCAUUGCGCUGUGUAUGUAAAUCCGCCCCCUGUGUGUCCCUCUAGGGAUUUCAAAUUUAAUUUAAAAUAACGUGAGAACCGGAGGGAAAAUUUUCAUGGAUAACACGGUGAAAUAUUUGUAGAUAUUUUUCCGUACGUGUUUAUAGUUUAAUUGAGGACUGAGAAGAUGAAAAUGCACCAGCACGAGAUUCAAAUGGAGUGUUAUUCAGGGAGGAAUUAUUGAUACAAACGAGACACAGAACACUCGUGCAAAUUAGCUUAUGCUCUCUCGGUGAAUUAUAAAUCGAGAGAUUAUUGAGACAAAUAACAGAGACCCAAGGACAAUUCAGAGUCACGUGAAAUGAUGAGAGAAUAUCGCAGCCAAUGAUAGGCAUUAGUGACGAAAUCUAAUAUAUUUAACUGUGAAUUUUAAUAACCCUCUAACGUUGUAUGGUUACAAAGAAAAAAAAACAAAGAUGAAUUAUUAAUGCAUUACCGAUAUAGGAAAAGAUGAAAAAUCAUUGUUCUGCACAAAAGGAGAAAAACACGAAAGCUUCGACGAUUAUUCUAGGGUUUUAAAUGAAAAAUAAAACCUCUCUGUGUUGUCCCCCCCUAUCCUGACCCCUCCCGAUUAAUCAAUCGAGUCCAAUCAUUAAAAUUUAUCAUCCUUCGCGCAUUGUUAUUGAUUAUUUAAAUUUUUUACGUACGUAAGGGGACAAUGAGAUUUAAUGGACAAUGUUUCGACGUUAAUUCAUGGUGAAAGAGGUUGAUGCACAGUGAUGAGCUUUUAAAGGAAGAAUUGAGUUAUAAAGUGAGAUUUAUUGAGUGAAAGAUGAGAGAAAGAGUCGAGGAAAAUUCACUUUGAUAUGCACCCGCCCACUGUACACGCCCAUUCGUAUGCGUAGUCGGUUCGAACCGAUUAUUAUAACAGAAAUCGUAAAAAAUGGAUUAAAAAACGUAAAAAAAAAUUUACCAAGAAUAUUAUAAAGCAAACCGAAUGAAAUAAUGUAGCUACACCUGCCUCUUGUGAAUAAAUGCCUGUUUGUUUCUUUUCAA